AUGGCACCCCACAGCUCGAAACCUCCUUUUGACCCCGCGCUUGAGGCUUUCAUGGCGCAACUUUCCAUUGCCAAGGAGAUAAACCUGGAAAUCAUCCCCAUGAUAAGGACAACAUUAUGGCAGGCUCACACAGCGGAGAUCGUAAUCUCUGGCAAGGCGAUAAAGCAUAAAGAGAUUCAGAUCCCAGUACCAGGAGGCGAAAUCACACUAUCCAUCUUUGAACCAGCAAACCGCCCAGACAACCAAGAGCCGGGUCCAGGCAUCUACUACGUCCACGGUGGCGGUUUUCUCGUCGGCAAUCGCUUCAUGGGAAUGUCCGUUGUCACCGAAUGGGUAGAAAAACUAAACGCGACAUGCAUCUCCGUGGAGUACCGACUCGCGCCAGAACACCCCUACCCGAUUCCGCUGAACGAUUGCUACGCAGGGCUGAAAUGGGUCAGCAGUCAUCUUUCCGAGCUAGGCAUUGACGAGUCUCGACUCAUGCUCGCCGGACAGUCAGCCGGCGGAGGCCUUGCAGCGGCACUGGCCCUUCGCGCGCGUGACGAAGGAGGACCCCGACUCUGUGCGCAGCUGCUCAUGUGCCCGAUGCUCGAUCAUCGGAAUGAUUCGGUCUCCUGUCGGCAGUUUGAAACUGAAGGAACAUGGUCUCGUCAGAAAAACAAGGUGGCCUGGUCUUGCUAUUUGGGGGAUCAUGGAAAGGGAGAAGGAGAAGCAGUCGAUAUCUUGGCUUCGCCGGGUCUUGCUAUUGCGGAUGACCUCUCGGGUCUGCCUACUACUUUUAUCGAUGUUGGUUCGGCGGAAGCGUUCCGGGAUGAAAAUAUUGCAUACUCCAGUCGUCUUUUCGAAGCGGGUGUGCAGGUGGAACUGCAUGUUUGGCCGGGUGGGGUCCAUGGGUUUGAUCUGUUGAUGCCGACUGCUGAGAUAUCUCAAAGGGCCAUUCGCACUAGAACGGCGUGGGUUGCGAAUAUUCUGUCUUCUCCAGAGUAG